AAAGCCAUCCAUACCACAUUAUCAAUCAAGUCAGCCAUUCGACAACUGAUCAUCCACCAUCAACGUCGAUUCCAAACGCCCACUCUCACACCUCAUACAAACAACAAUGUCAUCAUCCCCCAACGACCCCAAACACCAAGAAAUCUACAACAAACUAGCAUCCCAAGACGCCGCACCCUUGCCUCUGAAAAAAGUCCUCGCCAAAGAACAAGCGGAUUUUGAUUGUUUGAGCUGUAGGGUGAUGGGAGCCACGGCAUUCGGCACAUUAGGAGCAUAUACAUAUUGGUCCGGUCACAGAGAAUUGCGCACCAGAGAAGCGGAAAUUAUGAAAUCUGGAUCUAGACUUACCAUGGCUGCACGACGACUGGGUAUCACUGGGUUAAGUGGUAUGUUGGUUGGUUUGGGAUUGUGGAGGGCGUUUAUGUAAAAUUGCCUCUUCCGACUCUUUGGUCCUCACGUGAGAAAGCAGAUGGGAGAAGUUAGGAUCAGAGGUUCGAGAAAGAGUGUAUACUAGCAGAAUUUCGAGUGAGACCAGGUGGUAUACGAUAGUGGAAGGUGGACAUGUAAGAUCACGGCUACUUGCAAUGUCCUCAUGGGGACCUGCAUAUGAAGAGCUUCAAGAACUCGGGUUGAAAACAAAACUGUCAGCAGCCUCAUAUGCACAUGCAAAGAAACAUGUCAUCCAGGCACCACUGCAGCUCAACACGGGAAGACACGGUAAGAAAGAUGAAGAUGACGAAGAAAAACUUCUCGCGUUGAUUCAUUUCAAGUAGGGUGUAGAUCACCAAACUGAACAUUGUAUAUAUGAAAAGAUCGAGACAUCAACCAUG